AUGGUAGACUCGUUAGACCCUCUUAAUACUUCAGAUCCAGUGGCUCCUCACUCGACAACGCUUUCGAGCUUCAAUUAUCUUAUGAAAGAACAAACUUUGUCUUUUACAAAGGGUGAAGUGUUAAAAUGCUUAAACCAAAUCCCAGAUCUGGAAGAGGAUAAAGCAUGGUGGGUCGGAUUAGGUCGGAAUUUACUGCCGCAGAAUUAUGCACCUUUUGUACCGACAGUGAUGGUGCAUAUUAACGGGUAUAAGCUUGCGUUUAAGCAAGACGGGGAGGUAAAAGUUGCUGGUUUAAUUGAAGAUGAGACUAAGGUUGUUUUGGCAAGGCUUUUUGCUGUUGAUAAAUUGAUUGUGGAGCAGCAGAAAGGAACGAAGAUUGGGGAACUCCAAGGGAUUGGAAUUUAUGCAUUGAUACUUGACACAAAUGAAAACUUAGAUUUAUCUGAAGAAUAUCAAGCACUUGUAGCGUCUUUUCCAUACCCUCAAGCAUUACUAGCUUAUUAUUGGUAUAUAGAAACUGGUGUUUAUCAUGGAUCAUAAUUAAAAUAUGGCGUCUUCGCUGUGCAUGGCCUCCUAGCCAUGCAGCCUCGACUCAUAUAUUUUAAUUAUAUCCGUCAAGUUUUACCAUUUCAGAGAUGGACAGCAAUGCUAGGUAAGCUUUCACAGCCUAGCCCUAGUCUAAUCUCAGGGGUGGAUUUUUCCUCAUGGGGAAGGAGGGUACGGAUUUGGAAAGGGGAAGCUCAGCAAAGUCCUUUGGACCAUUUGGGCAACUCCCUAGCGUGAAACUGGGCGUUACGUCCCAGGCUACGUAUUUAUCCUUUUUGCCGGCAGAUAACUAGAAAAUCCAUUUUUUGGGCUUUCGGAAAAGCAACCCAUGUACAAGCAAGUAGCUCAUCCAUGAGCCGUCGAGCGGAACACUUGCCCUAGGAGCACCUUGGUGAUCGAAGCAGGUUACCCUCAGCGACUUGUGGCCCGAUGCGACGAAAGGCGAGCGGUAGACCUGGAGACGUCGACCUUGCAGUGGACGUUAAGCAUUAUAAAUUUUAUGUAAUGUAAUGUUUAUCAUGGAUCAGUGGAAAGAGAGCUGUAUGAUGAGGAACCGGGGAGGCUACUAGAGUCACUUAAUAUACAAAAGAAAUAA